CCUGAGAACCUAACUGAUAACACUAAGCCUGGCUGUCGACAACAAAUAUGUAUAAAAUUCAUUUAAUUGUUUUGUCUAUUUUUGAUUUUAUUACUCUCUUCAUCGUCCAAAGACAAACUAUUUACUUUUAUAGGUGUAUAGUUUGUUCUGUGCUCUACUGCUCUGUGUCAUUAAUUUUGUCAUUGGAGUUGACGUUUCUUUGACUUGUCUUGUUAGUUGAACGUAAAUAUUGUUCGUUACCCAUGUUAUUUUAUUGGCAGAUCGUGCACAGAAUAUAACCGGUAUCGUGGUUAAAAUUGAACAUAGAAUUACUAAUGGAUAUUAUUUAUUAUAAAAUAAGAUUAACUAUUGAGUGACUUAAUAUUUUAUUGUAUUAACUUCAUUAAAAUCAAUUAUGGAUAUAUCAAGUAAUAAUUUGGAUAAAAGGCCUACUCCUAUUGUCCCUACGCCUGAUUGGACAACUAAUACCAACAGUGAGAUGGAAAUUGCGUCUGUAGAACCAGCAGCACCAGCAACACCCGCACCAACAAAUAAUGACAUUGAAAAUAAUUCUUCAAAGAAUAUGCAAGAGGUCACAGAUGAAUCUGCUCUGAACAGAGUAUCUGUAAUCAGCAGUGUGUCUAACCAAUCAAGCACUAUGAAUAUAAAUCCUGGUCAAACUCCUACUCAGAGUGGAACAUACACUUCAGUUAUAACUCCUGCGAUGUCAACUUCACAGUCCCUUAUAGCUGGAGAAGUAGCACUAACACCUACCCAUAGUAACUUUACACCUCAGUCGGUCAAUCCGCACAGUGCAAUGACUGCUAUCACUCCUAUGGUUAGUGGAACAGACCAAGCUCGAAGCAGCAUUAAAGUACAAAACUGUGUAUCAACAAUACAUUUAGGUUGUGAAUUAAAGUUGUUAGAUAUUUACUGCAGAACUAGAUUCUCUGAAUAUAAUCCAGCAAGAUUUCAUGGUGUAGUAAUGAAAAUUAUUGACCCCAGAGCUACAGCACUGGUAUUCAGGUCUGGCAAAGUAUUGUGUACAGGACUGAGGAAUGAGCAUGAUUCCUACAUAGCUGCAAGAAAAUUUGCAAGAAUUAUUCAAAAACUGGGAUAUCCUGCAAGAUUUCUAGACUUCAAAAUACAAAACUUUAUUGCCACUGCUGACUUAAGGUUUCCAAUACGACUAGAGGCACUUCAGCAGGCACAUGGACAGUUUGCCUCAUAUGAACCUGAAUUGUUUCCUGGUCUAGUGUACAGAAUGGUUCGACCAAGAGUAGUUUUAUUAAUAUUUGUUAAUGGCAAGAUAGUGUUUACAGGUGGAAAAACAAGAGGCGAGAUCAAUGAAGCACUUGAUAUUAUAUAUCCAAUUUUAAGAAGUUACAGAAUAAGUUAGUUGCUUGUAAAUUUAUAUUCACAAAAAUACAAGAGCAAUAAUUCUUAGUACCCAUUCAUUUUACCUUUACUAUAACAUAAUAUGAUGCAUGCAUUCAUGUGUAUUAUUGUUCAUUGAUGUACAAAUGAAACUGAGUACAUAAUAUUUAAUGUAAAUAAUUUAUUUACACAGAUAAUUACUUUUUAACCUGCUCUCCAAUUACAUUCUGAUCCUAAUGAAAGUGUAUUCUUUAAUUAAGUGUACUUACCUAAUUUAUUUUUGAUGUCCUAAUAAAUAUUUUUAAGUUACAAA